CUGUUAACCAGGAGCUUGUAACUCGCCUGAAAAAAAGGUUCGUGUUUUAAACAUGUAAAGUGUUUAAAUUAAAUCGAAUGAAUGCACUAAUGAGCUAGUAUGCCAACCGCCAAUAAACAGAAGAAGAAGAAGAAGAAGACGAAGAUGAAAUGAACUGUUCAUGCAAAUGUAUAGUUUUACUACGAAUCGCAGAACGAAAGCUUUCCUAUUGGAUGAAACCAUGUGAUGCAACGAGAAGACAACGAUAUCCACGUGACACACUAUUAUAAAGAUGGCGUUUAUUAAAGAGGAGAGUGAAGACAUUAGGAUUGCAGAAGUAUUCAGCAUCAAACAUGAAGAUACUGAGGAACAAACAGAUAUGAUGGCACUGAAAGUGGAGAGUCAAGAACUAAAUGAAAUGGAAGAGAAAGAUCAGUAUGGAAAACAUGAUUUCACAAAUGGAGAAAAAUAUUUUAGUUGCUCACAGACUGAAAAGACUUCCUCACAAAACGUUGCUCAAAAGACUGGAACUAGAAGUUAUUUCACCUGCCAACAGUUUGGAAAAGGUUUCAACAGUAAAACAAAACUUACAAAGCACAUGAAAGCUCACACUGGAGAGAAGCCAUUCAGAUGUAAUCUGUGUUCAAAGAGCUUCAGAAAAAUGGACUACCUUAACAGGCACUUAAAAAUUCACUCUGGAAAGAAGCCUUUCACCUGCCAACAGUGUGGAAAGAGCUUCACCGAAAAAGGACACCUUAAAGGCCACAUGAGAGUUCACACUGGAGAGAAGCCUUUCACUUGCCAACAGUGUGGAAAGAGUUUCACACAAAAACAACAUCUUAAAGUUCACAUGAGAAUUCAUACUGGAGAGAAGCCAUUCACAUGCAAACUCUGUGGAAAGAGCUUCAUUGACAAAAGAAAUGUAAGAAUCCACACAAGAAUUCAUACCGGAGAGAAGCCUUUCACCUGCCAACAGUGUGGGAAGAGUUUCACACAAGCAGAACAUCUUAAAGGUGACCGGGGUUAUGGUCUAAAAACGCGGCUCAUGACCCCUCAGGAACCAGAAACAUGA